AUGAUCGAGGUAUUGGCAAAUGAUCGUGUAGGCAAGAAAAUCAAGGUUAAGUGCUUGCCCUCUGACACCAUCGGUGACUUAAAGAAGAUGAUCUCACUUCAGGUAGGCACGCCUUACGACAAGUUGAUCUUGAAGAAGGGCCAUCAAGUAUACAAGGAUCAUAUCUCAUUGGACGACUACGAGGUUCACAACGGCUUUAACUUCGAGCUUUAUUACGGGUGA